CCACUGCUGCAUUUUGCGCAUGCUCCCAACAGCGAGACGGGCUUGCGUCUCCUGGACCACCUCAAGAGUUUAUUAUUAUAUUAUAUUAUAUAAAUCGCUGCACGGUUCUUGUAUAAUAUCGAUGGGAUGAAGAAAAGGCUGUAAAAUAAUCAGAGUGUGGGCGACACAAUGAGCUGCUGUUAGUCCUUGAAAUCAAAAGUGAAAGUGCGCUUGUUAUUUUGUGUUCUAAGGAAGCUAUUUAAUUUUAUCCAGUUGUACUAACGUUAAAGUUUGCCUAUGGCACUAAUAACACUGAAACGAGACUCCAUGAUGAUGAUUGAAGGGAUUUUGUUUGGAUGCUUCCUGACGUGCGUUUGUGCCAAUGGAGUUGCAGACGUGGUACUUUCUUGCGCCCUGGUGGAGGAGGGAGUGGGAAUGGGAGGAAUGGGCGGCGGCGCUCUUUUCACACGGACUCCAGCCACUCUCGUCUUAAGAGAUGUCGCAGUGCCUCCUGACGAAUCACUGGAAACACUCACUCCGUUUGUCCCGCCUUCAAUCCCUGAUCCAGAUGCCAUCCUCUUAGAAGCCAAAGUCUCAUCACCUGAGAUCCCCAACGUGGACGUGUUGCUGCACGCGGACUGCAAUGAGCAGGAGGUGAUGUGCGAAAUAAGCCGUUACUCUCCUCAGGGAUCCCAGGAAAGUUCAGAUCCAGCUUACUUCAUGGUGUCCCUUAACGUGGAGGGAGUUGAGUUCAGCACUUCGUUGAUUCUGCAGACUUUGAUGGUGGAGAAGGACCAGUCGACCCUCAUACAAAACAAACUGGGUCUACCUCUUAGCCAGUCGGGAACGCUUCUGACUGAGGUGAUAUUUGUGGUGUUUUCCCACAAAAAGUCUGUAUCUGCCCCUCUGAGAGGUGAUGUUCUCCUCAACUGUGGCUUCAAGCAACAGGAGAUACCCUUAGCGCAGGAGGUGGGCAUUGAAUGGCGACUGCAGCACAGGGGAAAAGGGCAGAAAGUGCUUGACAUGAAGACGAGGGUGGAUGAUGCAGAAGGGAACACAGUAGUACGUGCAGAAAGGAGGGGCUCGAGCAUAGAUGUCACCAAGGUUGUCGGUGAGGGUGACGCCUCUGUGACUCUGAGCAAGCUGAAGGUUUUGGAUGAGGGGACCUACAUCUGUACUGUCAGCAUAGGCCUUUUCCAUGCCCAGCAAGUCAUUCAACUCCAUGUUAUUCAGCCACCACAGGUCUCCCUCUCAGAGGAAAAGCUGGUUUUGAAUACAAAGUCACGGCAGACACUGAGCUGCCAUUGCGCUAAAUAUUAUCCACUGGAUGCUCAGAUGGAGUGGUCAUCCCUCUCUCCCACAGACACAGAGGCUACAGUGUUUCCAGAUCAGGGCUCUUUAUCCAGCCAUCGUCAGCAUGGCGAUGGGACUUAUUCCCUGUCAUCUCACCUCACUGUGCCCUCCAGUAUCUCCCCUGGAACUAAAAUCACCUGCAGAGUGUCCCACCCGGCCCUGGAGGCUCCUCUAUCUGUCAGUCUGGUGGUAGAAAGUUCACCAACAGAUUCCUAUUGGUGGGUUCUGGGUUUCCUGGUUGUCACUGUGCUUUUCUUCUACCAGGUCAUGAGAUAAGUUAGUAGGAGAUAAUCUAGUAGAUUAUCCUGACUUGAAACUGAGCCCAGAAAAACUUAAUUUGUGUCAUUUGUGAGUCUGUAAGUUAUUACUGAUAUAAUUAGUCCUCACUGCUUUAUACAUUUGCUGUUGAGUAUUUUUGGUAGUGGUUUAUUUAUGUAAAGCAAACAAGUUUGGAGCUUUCAUUUAUGUAACCUGCAAAAUAAUAAAAUCUAAGCAUUUGGCCUUAAACUCCCACAUUAAUUCCCAAAACUUUACCUUACAGCAGUCAAAACUUUUUCUCACACAAGAAUUAACCACAAAAAUUAUCCAUGGUAGUUUCACACUGACUCGUGCUGUGCCUGUCGAGUGCUGUGGGAAACAAAGCUCACAUUACAUUCACUGUGUUUGAUGUCACCUCAUCAGAGGACUUGAGUUUCUGUUUCACACUCUGGAGUUUGUAGGUAGUAAAGAUUCGAUUAAGGUUGAAUCACAUGUGUGUAGGCAGGAGACACUCAGAUUCUCCAGACUUUCCAUUAUAGGUCCAUACAAAUUUUAUUUGAAAGCAAAUAUCAAACCAAGGGCACUAUGAGUAUGAUGAACUUAAGUAAUGCAUCUGCAGUCAAAUAUAUAAUUUAUUUUGUUCAAUUUGCAAAAUGUCUGUCCCUAUACAUCUGCUUUAAGGUUUAGAGUUAUAUAUGUUUUAGGAGGCUGUUGUGUUGUCCAUCAUAAAUAUCUAAAGUAGCAUAAACUCUUCAUUACAAGAGCAGCUUAAAGGAACUAAAACUAGUUUUACAUUAACAGAACAUGCAAUAAGACACACUGUAAGACUGUUGUUCUGAUUCAAACAGGAUCAAGUUAUCCAUGCCUUGAACUGUUUAUAUUUCUUUGCAUACACAUUGUAGGAUUUCUGGCUUCUGGGAUAUAUUUGGUUUUUUUUUGCACUGUUUUUAUUGGUACUAUUUUAAAUGUAGCGUAUGUUUUUAUGGUAUCUUGUUUUUGUGUGUGAUAUUAAAAUUGUUAGGUUUCACAAUGAAAGACUUUUGUGGCUCAACAACAUUGUUAAUGUUAUCAAUAUCAGUGCAUUUCUUAAAUUACUGUACAUCUGGAAAACGAUUCAAGCUUUGUUUCACAGUGUUUCUAUUUCAUAAAUGCUUUCAGUCAGAAUCUGUUUAUUGUUAUAAAAUAAGCUGGGAUCACUUGAAGUAGAAUAGAUUGUAGUACAACAUUUUCUAACAAGGACUAAA